GUUCAACAUUCAAUUUACUAAAAUUCUCCUCACUUCACUACCUAAUCCGAUUUUCCCAAAUUAAAUAAGGUAGAGCUGAAAACCAACAUGGAGACUCAAGCAGGAUGUAGGAGGAAGUGAGGGGAGGGUGAUGACUCGAUAUUUGCACAUGUUUUCCCUUUUGUUUCUUGAUCGUUUAAGCUUGCAUUAUCGCUUCUUUGGCCUAUUUUACGCUAGGUUGUAUUCCUUUGUCACAUUUCAGGUCCUAGCACAUAAAGUGAAGCGUAGGCGCAAGUUUCAAGUCAAUCGGAGAUCAAUUGGCGACUCGGGGGAAGAAAAUCGGGUAUGGCUUGAAGAAGAAUGGAUUUCUACCUCAGUUUGUGACCAUAUAAUCAUGUAAUCUUGUCAUGAGAAGAAAGAGGACGAGACUACGAGCGUCUGGGAUCAAACGACACCUGAUUUGGAGUCCGAGCGAGGGAGAAACGAAGAAUCAAAGAUAGGGGACCCGGAACUACAAAAUACCCGGCCAUGGGCGAAAAUACCCGACCGGGUAUUAUUUGGAGCAGACCGGGAAAAAUUGGUUUCGGGCGUCUUUGAGAAACAGAAGGGGGCCCUGUCAUGACGCUAAAAUCCCCGGUAGGGGAUUCUUGGCCUUGACCGGGGAUUUUCCCCUGUGUUCAGACGUUCCGUUUUGAAGAUACCCGGUCGCCGCCUAAAAUACCCGACCGGGUAUUAUGACCGGGGAUCGCGAAUGCAGGCUGUUAAAAGCCUGUUUUAUGCGUUUUUGCAAAGGGAGAGUUGGGUUUUAGAUCCCAAACACCCAAGGGACGAACCAAAGAGAGAGAGGGCGAUUUGAGGGCAUUCUAAGAGUGGAAUUGGAGGAUUUCUUCGCCUUGAAAGCUCGAGGAACAAGCCCGGACUUGAAGACUAAUCAUCUGAAGAUUCUUACUGCAGUCUCUCUCUUCUCUAUGGAGUAACUUCCCUUCACUUAGGUUUUGAGGAACCCUAGCUAUGUUUGUUUGAUUGGAUGAUUGUAUGAGUACUCCUACUUGAUAAUCUUGAGUUCAUAUUAAAUCUAUGCAUGUUUUCAUGAUUCAAUUAUGCUUUAGUCAAGAUUAUUGAUUUUUCUUUGAUCCUAUGAGAGCGAAUACCUGAUUAGGUCAAUAGAGCACCAUAGAUUGAUAGUAGUGGAUCGAUUGCUUUAGUCGAGGGUUGAUCCACUGCUUUGCAUCGAUUGAGAACCUCUUUCGAUAGAGGGAGUCUAGUUCAGAACGCCUUGAUCGGUUGUUCUAGAGAAGGAUACGUUCCUCUAUGCAAUUGACUCAAGAGGGCCUUGUUCCUUUAGUCGAGACUCAAGGUCUAGUUAAGGAUUCUCCGCAUUGUGAAUGAAAGUGAAACAGGUUAGAGAUCAUCAAUCAUUAAUCUGGCUAGUGGCUAGGGGGAAUCAUAACUAAGUGAGUUCCCAACCUGUAAUUAGAUUAACUUUAACUGUAGUUUGCUAGAGUAGUUUUAGUUCUUUCAUCUUAAUCUGGUUUGUAGAUAAUGAACUGAAGCUGAGUAAUAGUAACUCUAGAGACCCGUGGAUUCGAUAUUUAUUACUUGAGCCACUAUACUGCGGUCCCUUCCAUUGGUUACACUUGGCCAUUGUUAGGAGUUGUGUCGUAGCGUGUCAAGUUUUUAGCGCCGUUGCCGGGGACUUUCUAGAGUAUUAGGAAAGGCAGAAGUUUGUUACUUUAGCAUUUUUCUUUUCUUUUCCACCCUUGCUUUUCACUUGGGUGUUUUGGUUUUUGUUGGUGCAGAUCUGAAUUAUGGAUCCGCAUGGCUUCUCCAACCAUUGGGGGUAUCCACCACCAUCCGAGUGGUAUUACCCCGAGACUCCCUGGAGCAAUCAAGGAGGAGAAAACUAUGGAUUCGGGUUCCAGUACCAACCCCCUUACUACGGAGAACAAUCAGACCCCUGGGCAUAUCAAGAACAACCUCCUUAUCAAGAAGAAUUUCUCCCACAACCAGAAGGGCCAUCGGAGCUGGAGUUACCCAUGGCGGCCUUCACAGGCCAUUCUGCAGAGCCAUGCUACACUCCACACCAGAUCCAAACUAUGAAUUGAGGCUUCUCAUGGAUCAGUUUGCUCGAGACAGCGAGAGAUCAUGCUCCAGGAUGGAUCAUUGUAUCCAGGCCUAUCGUGAAAUAGAGGAGACCCUCCUGAGCCUUAAGAAGAGCGUCGAUGAUCUUGAGCGAGCUUGUGCACAACCUGCUGAAGAUCACCCUUCUGCUACCAUACUAGAAGAGGAGGAGGAAGAAGAAGGCUACAAGGACAUUGUGGAGCACACUGAAGUUGUCACAGAGAGCUCUCGUGACGAUCAUGAUAAGGAAUGUCCUGUCGUAGCCGACCACACCUUCCCACAGCCCACACUGAGCUUUGAAGAGGCGGGCAUGAGUGAGGAGGUUAUAUAAAUGUCAGCAUUUCUAAGCCAGACUGCUAAGAAACACUACUUAAUGGG